ACUGGCAUCAGACUGUCGCUGUCAAGCAAAUAAAACGCUUGUACCUUCGUCCGUAACGUAACGUAACGCGAGUGGCACUGAAGAGAAAAAAGUAAAAAGUUUCAAGCAGCAAUUAAAACCAAAAUCAAAUGCAACAGCCAAUAUCGAAAUAAACAAGCAAACACAACGAAAAUAGCGAACUAAAUGCAAAUCGAAAAUUAUUGUUUAAUGCAAGUGUAAUUCGCCGUGUGCAAUUCCCAUCGAGUGCCUUUCUAAAUGCGAGCGAGCGAGAGCGCGUGCAUAUAUACGGGUUCCGUUCGUUCCGCAGCAGCAGCAGCGUAUCGUAUUUUCCUUUUGCUUUUGCCACUUAACGUUUCGUCGUGAGUGUGUUUUUGUAUGCGUGCGUGUGUGUGUUGUUUUUGUGCUUGUUCAACGUAAAACAACAGCAGCAGCAACAGAAGCAGCAGCGGCGUCAGGUAGAAGAAAAAAACGCAACACCAAUAAAACGAUUAAAAAUUGAAUCAAGUCAAAAACAACAGCAGAGAGACAUCAAAAUAAAUAUACUAAAACAAAAUAAUAGUAUAGAAUAGAAAUUCGAAGACUGCAGCACUUAUUUGUUUUAAUUACUUUUGUGCGUCUUCGCUUUGCGCUCGCAUUCAUUAUUAUUUUUUGCUGCUUCUUGGAUUUUCCUCUUCAACACAUCACAGCAGCCAUCGAAACAGACAAAAUCCAGCAACAACAACAAAUACCUCCAUCAUCGGUGUGAGCGAGCGCGAAGAUCACUUUAUACGUAUCGUAAUCGUAUCGUGAAUGAAUAUUCUUCUGUCCGUAUGUGUGUUUGCAGAGGGAGCGAGCGAGAGAGAAAGAGCGCGCGGUCGGUGCGUUUUGCGUUCGUUGCGUACGUGUUUUGAAAACAUCAAUGUGUGCGUUUGCCGUGUAUUAUAGUGUACGUGUGUGUGUGGGAGCCCAACAAGCAUUUAUAAUAAAUAAAUUGUUGCUAAAUAAAUAAAUAAGCAUCAAGAAACGGCAAAAGCGUAACAACAACAAAAUUGUGAAAAAUCUAAAAUUCAAAAUUCAAAUUCAAAAGACGAGUUUAAAAACGCUCAUACGACUUAAGAGCAAAAAAGCAACACAUAAAAAAAGCUCGCAAGUGUCUCUUUUGCACUCAAGAGAGAGUGCAAAUUAUUAAUGUUGUUGUAUGUGUGAGUGUUGAAUUGGAAUUUUGACAGUCGAAAGUUUUUGUGGGAUCAAUUUGUCAUCGCAUCGAUUUUGGAAGCUGCUAAACUUUGGAAUACUUCUACGACUUUGCACUCAGAAAGAGAUAGAGAGUGACAGAGAGAGGCGCUCAACAAGUUGUGGUUGCCAGGAUGCAGAAGACGCGGCAUUAGCAACAGCAGGAGUAGGAGCAGCAGCCAAAGGACGAGUCACAGUCUGAAGGAGAAGGAGACGAAGACAUCAUUAGAGAGAGAGAGGAUCUUGGGAGAUAGCAAAACACAAUGUCACAGCAAGUGUAUUCAGCGCAUCCAGCGCUGGCCGCUGAGCAGCUGGCAGCGCCGAGCAGCUCGAGCAACGCCAACAGCGGAAGGCGGAAGGCCACGCCCAAAAAGUACACACUAAGCCGAAGCUGUGCGGCGCUUGUGGCAUCAACGAAAGCUGCGGCAGCAGCAGCCGCAACCGCAACCGCCGCCUCCACAACAGCAGCAGCCACAACAACAGCCACAACACCAACAGGGACAGCUGCAAGCACAACGGGAUUAGGAGCAGCUCUGGAGGCAGCAGCAGCACAAGGAGGAAGUGCAGCAAUGGGAAUGGGAAUGGGAAAAACGCCAGCGGCGCGAACAAAUUUGGCGGCCGUGGACGAUGAUGAUGACAUCGAGUGCGAGGAUGUGGACGAUGUCAACUUUGGGGCGCAGAUUGUGAGGCAAGCAACGAACACAAACACAACAGCAACAGCAACAACCACAACCAAAGACACCGGCUACGAUGAGACGGAUCAUGUGCAGCUGCGUCACAAACGUCGCCAAAUGCCACAUCAGCAACUGGACCGUGGCGGAGGUGGCGUCGCAGAUGGAUUACCAGGUGCAGCAGCAGCGACAACAGGUUCGAUGAGUGAUUUGAGCAGUGUGAUUAGCUCACCGUCGGCCAGCACAGUCUCAUCGCCGCUGUCGACGCCCACGCGGCAGGCGCCGUUGCAGCUGCAACUGCAGCACAGCCAUCAGCAUUGCUGCCACAAGCAAUCGAAAGCCACAUUGGGAGCCACACACCAGCCACAUCAGAAGCAGAAGCAGCAUCAGCAACAGCAGCAUCAUCAUCAUCACCAUCACCAUCAUCAUCAUGCUGCUGCCGCAGCAGCAGCAUCAGCGGGCGGAUUGGGAGGGGGAGGUGGAGGCGCCUCCUCAUGCAAAGGCAAGAAACUCGAUCCGCGUCUUAGCCCAUCGCCGUAUCGCCAACUAUUGCCCAUUGCCUUGUGCCUGCUCUCGUUUGCGUUCGUCUUUGCCACGUUAAUUGUUUACAUGGACACGACAGAAAUCCGACAUCAACAAUUUCGACUGAACAUGUCGCGCGACUACGAAUUGAACAGCGUGGCCCAAGAUGAUCCCGCACUUAUUGCAUUCCUGCGCCAGAUCCAUAUGCACAAGUAUCCCAUGUAUAUGGCCAAAGGCGUCACCAGCUCAGGCAAGAUGACCUCCUCAUCCUCCGCAUCAGUAGUUGCAACCGCCGGCACGGGCAACAGCAGCAGCAUCAUCAGCAGCUCACACAGUCACACUCACAGCAAUAGCAAUAGCAACAGCAACAGUGUCGCCGAUCAGUUGGCUCAACUGGUGUCCGAUCUGGUGGGUGGCAAAAUGAAUGGUGCGGUCAUCCAAUCGCUGAGCGGUCCAUUGGCGCAUCUGAUAACGGCGCCCUGGCUGAGCGAACAGCUCAAUUGGAUGGGCGUGCUGGUGGAGCCAGAGCCACGUUGGUAUUUCGCGUUGCGCAAACAGAAUGCGCAACGGCAGCGCAUGCAAGUGGUGCAUGCCUGUGUCUCGCCCAAUCCCUAUCCCAAAGAGAUUACCAUACACAACGAGGAUGUGCGCAUCAAUAGUUUGCAUGACGAGGAGACAUCGUGGUUCAAUUCGCGAGUGAAAUGCUUUCCGCUCUACACAAUCAUGCUGGCAUGUGAGCGCACCGAAUACGAUCUGCUCAGUCUGGGCGUUCAAGGCCAUGAGCUAGAGAUUUUGCAGACGCUGCCGUUUGACAAAAUCAAAAUCGAAAUCAUCUCGAUACAUUUGCUGGAGGAUCACGAAGAUGUGUACGACUACGAGCAGAGAAUCACCAAGUUCCUGGCUAGCAAAUCGUAUCGGUUGCAGCGUAAAAUUGCACGCAACUAUUUCUAUCAGCGCAUCAAUGGCAACAGCAAUAGUUUUGCGCGCAAAAAAGAUAUUCUGCUGCUCAAGACGCCACAGCAAUAACAACACCAGCAACGUCAACGUCAACAACAACGAGAACCACAACAUCAUCGACAACGAAUUGUAGAGUCUGGAAAAACAUAAAUAAAAUACUUGAUAGUAAAACAAGCAAGAGCGCGACAUGAAACGAAACUCAACUCAAUACAAUUCAACGCGACGCCACGUUUAUGUUAUAAUGAUAAUUAUUAUAUAUACACAAACACACACACACAUACAACAUAGAUAUAUAUGUUAUAUAUUAUAUACAAGCAUAUUCUGUAUACCCCCCAUUAUGAUAUACAAACACACAACAUUGUAUCGAUUAGUUUCUUUCUAAGUUUAUUUGUGUUACAAAAGCGAUUUAUUGCCCCCUACUUAUAUUUUUCGUUUUCAAUUUAGUUUUUUUUUUUCUCCGUGUCGAAAUUGUUUAAUAUUACCAUAAUUAUUAUUAUAUAUAUAUACCAUUUACUUUGCUGUGUCUGAGAGAGCGAUACACAAAAUCUAUUAUGAAAACGAUAAUAUAUAUAUCCAAAACUAGCUCUAGCUAAGAGGUAUUAUGAUUCUUGCUAUAAGCUAUGCUACAUAUAUACAUCUAUCUAUCUUUAUAUAAUAAUAAUAAUUAUAAUAAUUUAGGCACCUACCCCCCAACCCCUUGUCAUGAUCAUGUAUGUAUAAAUUCAAUUGCGACUAUUAUUUGUAAUUUUGCUUUGCUAGACCAUUAGGCAUUACGACUAUUUACCUAUACGAUAUACUAUAUACUACACAAAUACUAUAUACAUAUAUAUAUGCUAUAUACAAAUCGAUAAACUAUAAAGUAUAGCUAUGCAAAGUUUAUGUUAAAUUGAAUGCUUUAUUUAGUGAACCAUAAGUGACAACAAAACUCUAACUAAACAUAAACAUAAAACAUAAUGCAACAUAUUUAAAUUAUAUUAAAUUAUUGAACCAAAACCAAGCACAUUCAUACACAUACACACACACAUACAA